UCCGUGCGCCGAGCUGAGUUUUGUGUGGCUUCUGGUUUUCAGGGGGAGCCGCGAUCGUUUUAUUAGCGCCCCCCCCUCCCACCCCCGGCAAGAUAUGACUUUGUUUUCAAAAGCAGGUAAUAGGUAUCGAAACCGUAAUCCGGCUAACAUGCACAUCUAAGACGCAGGGAUCAGAAAUUUGAAUUCCUCUAUUUAAAUUAAACCCGCCCGUGUAUAAUUCAAUCGCUCCUCCUCAAUCGAUAACCCAGGAUAGAGUCAGGACUUAGUUGCUGUUGGACCAGAAGAGAUCAAUAAAAAACACGGGGCUGGGGUCGGAUCGGGUCCCGGUUCCGGUGGCACCGGGGGCCUCGGCGGUAAAGCCACCGGCGGCGUGUGCUCGGGUUCAGCCGGGGCGAUGGUGCCCGCAGCCAAGAAGCCGAAGAUGGAGCAGCUUCAGGCCGACCACGAGCUUUUCCUGCAGGCCUUCGAGAAACCUACUCAGAUAUACAGAUUUCUUCGAACCAGGAACCUUAUAGCGCCUAUAUUUUUGCACAGAACCCUCACGUAUAUGUCUCACAGAAAUUCCAGAAGAAAUGUCAAAAGGAAGUCCUUCAAAGUGGAUGAUAUGCUAUUCAAAGUAGAGAAGAUGAGGGGAGAGCAGGAAUCUCACAGUUUGGCUUCACAUCUUCAACUUACGUUCACUGGUUUCUUCCAUAAAAAUGAAAAGCCGUCACAAAACUCUGAGAACGAACAAAACUCUGUAUCCUUAGAGGUGCUACUUAUCAAAGUCUGCCACAAAAAACGGAAGGAUGUAAGUUGUCCUGUCAAGCAAGUGCCUACAGGUAAAAAGCAGGUGCCUUUGAACCCUGACAGCAGCCAAACUAAACCGGGAGCCUUCCCUUCCCUGGCUGUCUCCAGCAAUGAGUUUGAGCCUAGCAACAGCCAUAUGGUGAAAUCCUACUCGCUGCUAUUCAGGGUGACACGGCCAGGAAAACGAGACAUGAACGGAUUAAUGAAUGGAGAGAUGAACGAGAACAUUGAUGUGAUUGAAGAGUUUCCAACAAGAAAAAAGAGAAGCUCCUCUUAUCAUGAAGAUGGUGAGAAGACCUUUGUAGCACAAAUGACAGUGUUUGAUAAAAACAGGCGCUUGCAGCUCCUAGAUGGGGAAUAUGAAGUAUCAAUGCAGGAGAUGGAAGAAUGUCCUGUGAGCAAAAAAAGAGCUACGUGGGAAACCAUUCUUGAUGGAAAGAGGCUGCCACCAUUUGAAACAUUCUCUCAGGGUCCUACGCUCCAGUUCACUCUGCGGUGGGCAGGAGAAUCUAAUGAGAAAUCUACUGCACCUGUUGCCAAACCUCUCGCAACUCGGAAUUCGGACACCGCCACUCUCGAAAGCAAGCCAAGCUCUCUCAAGCCAACGCAGGCAAUGGCUGUUAAAGAUUCAUUGACUACAGACCUUCAGGUAAGAAGGGAGCAGAUUCUAUGUGAGCCUCGACAGAAGCUGCGAAUAUUUUAUCAGUUCCUUUACAACAACAACACAAGGCAACAGACGGAAGCAAGAGAUGACUUGCAUUGCCCUUGGUGCACACUCAACUGCUGCACGCUAUACAGCCUCCUCAAACACCUCAAACUCUGCCACAGCAGGUUUAUCUUUAACUAUGUGCCUCAUCCAAAGGGUGCUAGGAUAGAUGUUUCUAUCAACGAGUGCUACGAUGGCUCGUACGUGGGAAAUCCUCAGGAUAUUCACAGUCAGCCAGGAUUUGCCUUCAGCCGUAAUGGGCCAGUGAAGAGAACGCCCGUCACACACAUCCUUGUUUGCCGGCCGAAGCGCACAAAGCCCAGCCUGUCAGAGUUCCUGGAAUCUGAAGAUGGAGAGAUGGAGCAGCAGCGCACGUACAUCAGUGGACACAACCGGCUGUAUUUCCACAGCGACGCCUGCCUGCCUCUCCGUCCGCAGGAAAUGGAGGUGGACAGUGAGGAUGAGAAGGACCCGGAGUGGCUGAGAGAGAAAACCAUCACUCAAAUUGAAGAGUUCACGGAUGUGAAUGAAGGAGAGAAGGAAGUUAUGAAACUCUGGAACCUUCAUGUUAUGAAGUACGGAUUCAUUGCUGACAAUCAAAUGAACCAGGCCUGCAUGCAGUUUGUUGAGAAGUGCGGGCAACAGAUAAACGAAAAGAAUUUGUGUCGGAACUUUCUGCUUCACCUGGUCAGCAUGCACGACUUCAACCUUGUCAGCAUAGUCACCAUAGAUAAAGCAAUGGCCAGACUUCGGGAAAUGCAACAAAGGCUUGAAAAGGAUGACCUGGCAGAAAAACCGAGCCCGCUGCCCACCGAUGAACCAGACUGGGAAAACAGCAGUGGCAUCGAGACCCCCACUAGCGAGAGGAAUUCUGAAACUGACAUUUCUGCCUCAGGAGUUCCAAAACAAAACAAACGACAGAAACUCUGAAACCACAGGACUUUAUAGACUGAAACAUUGGAGCUGGUGGGGGGUGGGGGGG